UAGGUAGUUGUCUUUCAAUUCAUACAAAUUAAACUUUCUAUCAAUCACUUCUUGUAUAAUUUGGCUUGUACCUCCACAACAACAGCCAUGUUUCCAAUGUGAAUUUUCUUUCAUAUUUAACUUUCGCACCGAAUAAAAUAUAACCUAAAAAAGCAUAUAUAAGAAAGUAGCAAUUAUACCAAUCAUCCUUAAUCAACUGUCUAGUUAUAUGUAGAAACAUCUCUCUCUUUAAACUUACAAUCAAUAAACCUUUGUCCUUUCUUAUCUAACCAAAACAAAAAAAAAGUCCUAAAAUUAAAAGGAAACUAUCUCCACUUCCAUCUAAUUUCUUAGCUUCAACCACAAUCAUCAUUUAUAUAUAAUAUAUUAUCCAACUCUUAUAUUAUAUAUAUGUAUAUGUCAAACAACUUAACCUAACCUAAUUAAUUUAAUCCCCUCUUAGUUAGGAUAUUGUCAUAUAUACUAAGCUAUAUUAUCAAUAUGGUACAAAACAUAAAAACUAUGGUGGAAAAUAAUGAGAAUAUGUUAGAUAUGAAGCAGCUUCCUCUAGGGUUUAGGUUUGAUCCUACUGAUGAAGAGCUUGUACUUCAUUUCUUGCACUCUAAGCUUAAGCUUUCGUCCUCUUCGCGUAAUUAUCCUUCCAACAAUUGUAAUAAUCCUCAUCUUAUUCCUGAGUUAGAGGAUUUUUUUCAUCACUAUCAUCCUUGUCAACUUCAUGGUGAGGCGUUUGAGAGCUGUGGACAAUGGUACUUCUACACCAGAAAGACAGAGAACCGGGUAUCCGAAAACGGGUACUGGGAGGAAUUAGUGGGCAUGGAUCAACCCAUUUAUGCUGGAAAUAAUUGUAACAAGUUAGUAGGGUUGAAGAAAUGGUUGGUAUUCAACAACAAGGGCAUGUAUGCAUCAUCAGGAGUCAAAAAUGGAUGGUUCAUGCAAGAAUAUCAUGCAUGUAGCAAUAAUAAUCUCUCUAAAAGAAGAAAAUCAAAACAACCAGCAGCUGAUGUGAUGAACAAAUGGGUUCUAUGUCGGGUGCAACAAGUAUGUGAUGAAUCUCAAUGGAUGAACACCUUCAAUGAAGACAAAUCUAACAACGAGGUGGAGCUUUCUUCGUCCGACGAAGCUGUGUAUUUAGCUAUGGAGGAGAAUGAUGAGCAUGAAGUAACUUACCCAUACUAAAAACAUUAUACGAAGUACGUAGUAUUAUAUAUACCACCACUAAGCUUGCACAAAAAAGAAAAAACAUAGCAAUAUAGGAAAGAAAAAAAAAGAGAGACAAAAGUAUAAUUAAUUUAACAUAAGCAUUUUUUUUUUCCUUGGUAAAUAUAUAUUAGUUCAAGUGAAGUUUCAUUUUUCUUAUUUAUAAAGCUAAUUAUAUAGAGUUAAUUAGCUAUAUAUAAUGUUGUAUCUUGUAUGUGUCAUUUUCAUUAAUGAAGUUUCUUGU